AUGGAAGAAAUGAGCGUAGAGCCCCACUCGCCAUUGUCUUCGGCCUCUUCCUUUUCCUCGGAACUCGAAAAACCCAGCCUGGCCGGAAAGAUAAAAACGCGCUGCAGUACGGGAAAGCUUCUCUCUUCCAAGCGGCUCUCAAAUGAAGAAAAACAGGCCAAGAAUCGCCUCUUUGUAAAGCGCUGUUACUAUAAGAAGCGUGAGGCACUUAAGAAUCUGCGCGACGAAGUAGCUCAGCUUGAGAGCGAAUUCUCAAAUGUACUUCGGCGCUGGCAGAAGUGCAAUGAAAACUCUGCUAAGGCCUUCCGCGACGGCAAGCGUCAAAUCACACCACAGGAUUUGUACGCCGAGCUCACGGUCGCACGUAGAUCUCUAAUUGAGGAACAGCAACAACUAAAUGUGCGACUAGCAGACCGACAACUUUUCCGACAGCGUCUACAACAGCUUUACGAGCCUACACAUUGA